CAGAGAUAGGGAAUUUUCACAAUGCUCUCCACACCACUUUGCCUCCCAUUUUUCUUCCUCUGUCUUACAAUUGUCUUUUCAUCCUCUUUACAUGCUUCUUCCUUCUUAACAACACAACUCUGCUCUUAUGAGGAGGCUGCUGCUUUGUUGCAAUUCAAGACUUCUUUUUCCAUCAAUUACACUGCUUUUCCGCCAGGUUAUUCUAAGACUGAGUCUUGGAAGGAAGGUAUAGACUGCUGCUCCUGGGAUGGGGUUAGUUGUGAUAAUGUCACAGGUCAUGUAAUUGCCCUUGAUCUCAGCUACGAUUGCCUUUCUGGCACCUUUCCUUCGAACAACACUCUUUUUCUCCUCAAAAACCUAAAGAGCCUCAAUCUCUCCUUUAAUGAUUUUAGGCUUUCCAAGAUUCCACCAAAAAUCAGUCAGCUUACUAAACUAAAGCAUCUUGAUAUCUCUUAUUCUCGAUUUUCAGGCCAAGUUCCAGCAGAAAUUGCUCACCUCCCCAAGUUAGUUUCUCUCAAUCUCUCUAAUUAUUACGAUUCUUCUGACUUGAUCCUUGAAACAACUACCUUCAAAAAUCUUGUUCAUAACUUGAGUGAGGUGAGAGAACUUGUGCUUAAUCGAGUGAACAUGACUUCUGUUAAUCCUCAUUUCUUCAUGAAUCUCUCUUCUUCUUUGACUACUCUUCAUCUUUUUUAUUGUCAGUUAAGAGGAAACUUUCCAAACAGUAUUUUCCACUUUUCAAAUCUCAAGAGAUUUAGUUUAGGUUGGAUGGGAAACCUCGCUAUUGAUCUUCCAAGUUCCAAUUGGAGCAGUCCUCUCCAACAGUUGUAUUUAAAUGAUAUGGAUUGUAGAAGACAAUUGCCAGAGUCUAUAGGAGAUCUAAAGUCAUUACAGUCUCUGAGUCUUACCUGCAACUUGGAAGGUUCCAUUCCAGUUUCCAUUGGGAGCUUAUCUCAACUUACUUACCUAUUCCUCUAUUUUAACAAUAUUAGUGGACAAAUCCCAUCAUCACUUGCAAACCUCACCCAACUUACCUCUCUUUACCUUUCAUGUAAUCAUCUUUCUGGUCCCAUUCCAACUUCCAUAGGUCACUUAAGGCAGCUUACUAUCCUACACCUCUAUUCUAACAAUCUUAGCGGACAAAUCCCAUCAUCAUUUGCAAACCUCACCCAACUUACCUUUCUUUCCCUUUUAAAUAAUCAGUUUUCUGGUCCCAUUCCAGCUUUAAUAGACAAUAAUCUGUCCUUGAGAAUGAAUGUCAAUGCCAACUUCACAUUACCCAAAUUAACUCAUGUUUCCUUUUCAUCUUGUAACUUGAGUGAAUUCCCCAAUUUCAUAAGACAAUCAAAUGGUCUGCAAAGCCUAGUGCUAUCCAAAAAUAGCAUUCAUGGAAAUAUUCCCAAAUGGAUAUGUGAAAAGGAUGAUCUCAAAAUUCUUGACCUUUCCCAUAACAAUUUGAUCGGGGAGAUUCCAAAUUGUCUUCCUAAGUCUCUCUUAGUGUUGAAUUUGCAGGCCAAUUACUUUGAUGGAAAUAUACCAUUUGGGUUUCUAGAGGGCUGUGAAUUACGAAAUCUCAACUUACAUGGAAAUCAAAUAGAUGGGCUAUUACCAAGGUCUUUGGUGAAUUGUAGCAUGUUAGAGGUUCUAGACGUUGGCAACAACAGCAUAGAGGAUACAUUUCCUCAUUGGUUGGAAUCUUUACCAGAGCUUCAAGUGCUUGUCUUAAGGUCCAACAAGUUCCAUGGUUUUGUGCAGAGCACCAAAGAAAGUCCAUCUUUUCCCAAGUUACGAGUUCUAGACCUCUCCAGCAAUGAUUUUCAUGGCCCUUUGCUUUUUCGGUACAUUGAAAAUUUUAAAGCGAUGAUGGACCCUCAUACAGAGGAUGGUUCCCCUAAAUACAUGAAGGCGCCAACGAAUUCUUAUCAAUAUUCACUGGUUGUGACAUGGAAGGGAUUUGAGCGUGAGCUGCAAGGAAUCUUGACCGUAUUUAGUAGUAUUCAUCUCUCAAAUAACAUGUUUGAGGGACAAAUUCCAGAUGUUAUGGGAGAGCUUAGUUCUCUCAAGGGGCUUAAUCUUUCUUAUAACAACCUUACUGGUCAUAUCCCACUGUCACUGGGGAAUUUGACGAAUCUGGAAUGGUUGGAUCUCUCUUCCAACAAGCUGGCGGGGAAAAUUCCCAAUGAAUUGGUAUCUUUGACACAACUCUCUGUAUUGAAUCUUUCAAAUAAUCAUCUCGUCGGGCGCAUACCACUCGGCAAUCAGUUCAACACCUUUGGAAAUGGUUCUUAUGAAGGAAACCUUGGACUGUGUGGAAUCCCAUUGUCAAAAUCUUGUGAUGGAAUUGGGACACCGCCGAGCUCCUUUCAAGAAAAAGAUGAGUUGUGGAGAUUUGGCUGGAGAGUUGUGGUGUUAGGCUAUGGAUGUGGAGUUGUUUUUGGACUGCUGAUGGGAUAUCUUGUCUUUCGAACAGGGAAACCAAAAUGGUUUGUGUCUUUGUUUGAUGGCCGACCAAGUCAAAGUGGAAGGAAGAUGAGGAAAGCCAGAAGACUUGUUCAAAGAAGAAGGUAGUUGCAGAGUUGAUGUUUUAGAGCUUCUGAUUUAAUGUUUCCUUAAUAAGUGCUUUUCGGGUUUGAAAUUCUUGUUAUGGCUGGCAUUGGCUUGUAUAAAAUUGUCAGCCUUCUCUUGUCUUUAUUAUGCUUUGUAAUUUUGUCUUUCUUUAUUGUAAAAUAUAUUGAGAAAGUGUUUUAUAAUCUGGGUGGGUACGAUAGCAGACUUAAAAUAUAUUUGAAGGUUUAAGCUGUUAAUCUUUCUUAGUUGUAUAUGCAUGUCCAAUUAAUCUACUUCCUUUAAGCCGGUUGGUAUGGUAGCAAAUUGGUAGCGAAGAUAUGCUGAGUUUUCAUUCUUUACAGUUUUGUUCUAGAGAUUCCCAUUAGCAGACUCAUAAAAAUUCUUGCUUUAC